GGAGGGACAGCUUAGACAAAAGCACAGCACAGACAGAAACAAAACCCUGCUAUUGACUGUCUCAGAAACACUUGCAUGACCAUGUUAUCCCAAGCCACUUACUAUUCCAAGAGGGUGAAAAACCCUGCCUGAGUGGCCUUCACACUUGGCCUCAGUUCUGGCUUGGGAAUGGGGAAACUGGGUGGCGCUCUGUCUCAGGGCUUAGUCUCCCCAACUGAGAGAUGGGGCUGGGCCUGGAGGAGACCUUUACCCAGCCCCUCCCAGCUCCGUCACUGCACUGAACUUCACAGUCCUUCCAGGGAUGAUUUUUAAAGAGAUUUGGCACGGGACAUGCAAGUGUUUGCAAGUGUGUGCUUGCAGUGGUUGAGGAAACACCAAGACUGAUGACUGUCAAGCCUAGAUAGAUAUUUAAAAAUUGAAUGAGAUGAGAAAUAGAUUACACUUCCGUUUAGCAAAUGUUGAUUGUAGGCUCGAAUGGUCUCCUCUGGCUUUUUAAAUUUUGGCUACUUCUCAUCCUUUAGGUCUCAGCCUAAGUAUCUCCUCUUUAGAGAGUCCUUCCCUGAACAAUCCCCACCCCGCAUGUGCAUGUGAGCAUGGAUGCACGUGCACGCACACACUCACAUUUUAUCCCUUUCUAUUGCUUCUCUUUAAGAUUUGGGAGGAGUAGGACUCUCCCUACCAUGUAUGUGCAGCCUGGUCUGCCUGGCACAUAGUAGGCACUCAAUAAUGCUAACUGAAUGAAUGAAUGAGUGAAUGAAUGCAGGCCUAGGCUCUGAUUGGGGAGGCGGGCCCCCAGCAGGCACCUGUGUCUGUCAUGGAUCAGUGCAGCCCUCAACGGCUAAGCCCUUGCCAGCAGGAGUCCAGCUCGAACUCUGCAUCUCCAAGUGGCACAGGCCAGGCCCCCUGGCCCCACCUUGAUUCUUUUCAGCCACAGCUCAAACCUGAAAUAAACAUUUGGCCUCUGGUUGGGAGAAUUUCAGGUCUUGGUAAGUAGGAGGCAGAGGUUCCCAGGGUCCAGGAUUGUGAUAGGUAUUUCACAGGUGACUUGAAGGACCCAGGAUAAGAGGUCCUUUUUCAGUUACCUAUGUACCUGCUGUGAGACUUUGGGGCCAUGCCCAAGUUUCCCUGUGGUGAGGUGAUGAGAUUGCUGUAAGUGAGACUGAGCUGGAGGAGGUGAGGGAUGCUAUUGGCUGUAGUGUCAGGAUUGGGGGAGCAGAGGGACCCUCUUCCCAUACUUCCAUGGGAGGUCCCCAAGCCGGGACCAGGUAGGAAUCCCCUCUGCAUCCCCAGCAUUCCUGGCACUGAGCCACACUUGAGCUCAUGAAAAAAUGCAGCUGAUAAUGCAGGCUGGGUAGAAUGCAGCAUGUCCACGGAUGAGCAAACAGGCUUUGAGAGAGAAGUGACCUGCCUAGGGUGAUUCCAGAGGCCCUGGGUUUAAGAGGACACUGAUCCCUCUGGGAGGCAGUAACGAGGUUUGCUGUACUGGCUGGAGUCCAAAGGCUCCUGGAUCCCCAAGAUCAUCCAGAGGGCCCAGUCUGCUCUAGAGCAUGGGAGGUUCCCAGGGGAGCCAGGGUCUGGUGGGCUGCACCCCAUUCAGGCUCCGUGGCAGCGGAGGAACCAUGCUGCGGAUCCUGUUUCUGACACUCUGCGGCCUGCUGACCCGCACACGAGCUGACCCUGGGGCACUGCUGCGGUUGGGCACGGACAUCAUGAACCACGAGGUGCAGAGUGCCCUGGAUGAGAGUCAUAUCCUGGAGAAGAUGGCAGCUGAGGCGGGCAAGAAACGGCCAGGGAUGAAACCCAUCAAGGGCAUCACCAAUCUGAAGGUGAAGGACGUGCAGCUGCCUGUUAUCACAUUGAACUUCAUACCUGGGGUGGGCAUUUUCCAGUGUGUGUCCACAGGUAUGACCAUCACUGGCAAGAGGUGAGUAUGGCAG